UCACGUUGAGUUGAGUUGCGUGGUGGAUAUCUUGGGACUAGAGAAGGAGCUAGACCAGUAUCGUCGUCGUCAAUGGAGAUCUCUGCGUCUGCUUCUCUAACUUCCUCUGGACUAGUCCCUCGUCUUCUUCCCUUGCUCUAUCCUCAUGCUCUGACUACUUCCGUCAAGCCGUUGCUGUCUUCUUCUUCCUCUAUUGGACUCAUUUCUUCUCAGAGACGUAUUAUUAUAGCUCCGUCUCUGUGUCUCGCCGAUCAAUCUGCCUUCACCGGGGUCAGUGUUGUUGAUUCGGAUCCCAUAGAUGCUGUCAAGAGGAAAGCUAUGGACAUAGCCCCUGCACUCAAAGGAGCUUCGAUCUUUCUGGUUGGGAUUAAUAACCCCAUUAAAGCAAACGCGGGGAAGCUUUUGGCUGAGGCGUUACGAUAUUACUACUUUGAUAGUGAUAAUUUGAUCACAGAGGCGGCUGGUGGAAAUGUGUCCGCUCAAGCUUUAAAGGAAGCUGAUGAGAAGGCUUUUCUAGAAUCAGAGACUGAAGUGCUGAAGCAGCUAUCAUCUAUGGGUCGGCUUGUAGUUUGCGCUGGAGAUGGUGCGGUACAGAGCGUGAAAAAUCUUUCACUUCUAAGACACGGAAUCUCCAUAUGGAUUGAUGUUCCUCUGGAUAUCGCUGCUAAAGGGGAUGAUGAUUCAUUCAACUCGGAAUCUUCUCGUGAGUUGUUUGACACACUAAAAGCGAGUUACGAAAAAUCAAGAAAGGGUUACGAAACAGCAGAUGCAUCCAUUUCCCUUGACAAAAUAGCCACAAAGCUGGAAUUCGAAGACUUGGAAGCGGUAACUUCUGAAGACAUUGCUUUGGAGGUUCUGAAAGAAAUCGAGAAGUUAACGAGAGUGAAGAAAAUGAUGGAAGAAGCUUCACGACCUUUCUAGGUCGAUCUUACUCUCUCACUCAUAUGAUUUAUCUUUGAAGGAAACUAAAACUGCAGCAGUGACAUGUGUUGUACAAGGGACGAGAGGCUCAGCUUUGGGUGGAGGAGAAGAAUCAUUAUCAUCAAAUCAGUCAUCAUCAUCUGUCUGUCGUCUUCUCUCUCACGUGAGAUAGAUCACGUGCUGGGCUUAAUGUAUUUGAUCCACUAGUAUGUGGGCCUUGAUGUUAUGGCCCACUAAGAGAUAAGACUUGGAAGAAAAAAACAGUGAAAGGGCACCAAAAGAAAAAUCAUCCCAAUUCCCAA